CGAUUAUGUUGUUUUCAUAAUCGUUUCAAGCCAAAAUCGCAAUUGCGAUUUAAAAUACGAUUAAUUGAGCAGCCCUAAUGUGCAUAUGACAAUAAACCUUUGAAUUUGAACUGAUGCCUGCCGUUUAAAUAGCAAUAGACCUAUAACUAAUAAGAACAAUGGUAGACAUUAUCUUCUCACUGUAUUUCUUUGAGUAGCGCAAUAGUAACUCUAUAGCGUGUUUCCUGUUGCAACAAUUUGCUUGAAAGAUGCACAUAGUCGUUACUGAGAACCAAGCGACUUCUUCUUAUUGCAUUGAUUUCUUCAAUUGUAGAAAAGAAAAAACAAACAGAAUUGAGGGUUUCUUCUCAGCCUUUGGACUAGAACCAAAACACACAAACGGGUCGUAUAACUACAUCAUUCUGGACACAUCUACUCAACAUUUAAAAUAUAGCUCUAUGAAAAACCAAAUCUACUAGUGUGUAAACAUGGCCCUGCCCUCUCUGUGUCCCCUCCCUCCUGUGCUUGUACUCGAUCUGCCCACACACAUCACAUCUUCCUGCUCAUUUGAGCCAUCUGCUUGAGCUCUGUGCGCAUUGACGGAAGCUAUGGCUGGUCCCAGGCCUGUGGUGUUCAGCGGCCCCUCGGGGGCGGGGAAGAGCACUCUGCUGAAGAAGCUCAUGAAGGAGUACGACAGUGUCUUUGGCUUCAGCGUCUCCCAUACAACUAGAAAUCCUCGACCUGGAGAGGUGAAUGGCAAAGAUUACCAUUAUGUCACACGAGAGGCGAUGCAGAAAGCCAUUGACAAAGGCGAAUUCAUUGAGAACGCAGUGUUUUCGGGGAACAUGUACGGGACGAGUAAAGCUGCCGUACAAGCCGUCCAGGCCAAAAACCUCAUCUGUAUACUCGACAUCGACAUGCAGGGUGUGAUGAACAUCAAGAAGACAGACCUUAAUCCCAUCUACGUCUCCAUCCAGCCGCCGUCCAUGGCAGUCCUGGAAAAACGUUUAAGAGACAGAAAGACAGAAACAGAGGAGAGCCUCCAAAAGCGCUUGCAUGCUGCUCAAGUGGACAUGGAGUUUGGUAAAGAACCAGAUAUAUUUGAUGUUCUUAUUAUCAAUGAUCAUUUGGACGAAGCCUAUGGGCAGUUAAAAGAAGCUCUCAGUGAGGAAAUCAAUAUGGUCAAGAAAGCCAGCUUGUCUUCGUAGGAGCAGCUUCCCGACACCUUUUCUGUCCCGUCCAGCCACUCCUGUCACAACCACAGACCUCCAUUCCCGUUGUGAACAUUCCCUCAGAUGGUUUGCUAAGCUAAGGCAAACACAUCGCUUAGCGGAUACAGAAAGGCUUAAAUAUUGUGUUUAUAGGUAGUUAUUACCAAAUGAUAAUGUACUAAGAAACAUCAGUUUAUUUACUGACAUUUAAACCUUUCCAUAUUUUUAUUUUAUGAACAAAUUGACUCCAAUAAUGUUUACUUUGUAUGAUACUGGCAUGGUAUGCUGGAUGCUCGGUUAGCCUUUGUUUCUACUGCUCGUAGCUUUGCCAACACCAACAUGGACUCACACAAACAAAGAGACGUCACUCAUUUCACCGUGAACUUCCAAGGGUGUGGAAAAGUCUUGGUGGAUCUUGAUAAGUGGUAACACGUUAUGGUAUGUCCUUUGUGUAAGCGGUCAUAUUGUGUUGAUUGGAAAAUAGAUUUACAGAUGCAGAUAUCUGCACAUGUAGUUAAAGAAGGAAAUUCAUCUGAAAGCUCAGCAUUACAACUGAUAUAUGAAGAGAAAAACAUGGUGGCUGUUUACUUUCAAGUUAACUUUACUGUUGAAAUAAUAAAACUAGUCCAGUGCUUUGAACUUUUUUGUAAAAGAUUUGGGUAAACUGUCACAAAUCUCCAUUUAACAUAGAUCAUGUAGGGCUCUAGUAGGAAUACAUCUCAUAAUAAAGGUAACAAGUGUUUAUAACAAAGAAACACAUCUAAAGUCCCCUUGCCUUGUUCGGGGGGGCUCUACAACAACAAUUUUACUGUUUAUUUUUUCAAUUGUAUAUUUGUAAACUUUUAUAUUGUGUAACUAUCAUUUUGCAGUGUCACUACAGUAAAAUGACAUAAGUUGUACUUGUUAAAGGAAAAAAUAAAUGUCAUGAUUUACUUUUUUUCUAUAUUACUCAUAAUAAAGCACGCCAAUCUCCUUUACUGUAAAA